CAUCCUUUCCUUUCCUCUCCUUCCCAUCCCUUUCUUCCUUCCUUCCCUUCUUCCCUUCCCUCUACCCUUCCUCUUUCCCUUUUCCUCUUCCUCUUCCGCAGGUGGGGAAGGAAGCCAUGGCCCAGGUGGGCUCUUUCCAGGCCUGAGGGGGGUCUUUUCCCAGCCAAAGGAUGGAGGCGGCUGCCAGGAGAGGAGGAGGCCGGGGACCCCCCGAGGAGACCCUCCUGAGACCCCCAUCUUUCAGGGGAACCCCCAGAAGCCCCCCAUCAUGGUGACCCAGUGAACGACAAGAUGGCGGACCAGAGCAACAUCGAGUCGGCGGCGUCGAAGAGCAUCCGCCCGUUCCGCUCGAGCGAGGAGUACCUCUACGCCAUGAAGGAGGACUUGGCGGAGUGGCUCAACACACUCUACGACCUAGACGUCCAGGUGGACAACUUCAUGGACGUCCUGGAGACGGGCUUCGACCUCUGCCAGCAUGCCAACAACGUCAACCGCAUUGCGCAGGAGUUCCAGCAGUCCCGCCCAGACGCCGCCGCCAUGCGCAUUCCCCAGAAGGAGGUGGUCUUCCAGUCUAAGAACGUGGUCCCGGGGUCCUUUGUGGCGCGGGACAAUGUCUCCAACUUCAUCCAGUGGUGCCGCCAGGAGCUGGGCAUCCAGGACGUCCUGAUGUUCGAGACCAACGACCUGGUGCUCAGGAAGAACGAGAAGAACUUUGUCCUCUGCCUCCUGGAAGUCGCCAGGAAAGGCUCCAAGUUUGGGAUGCUGGCGCCGAUGCUCAUCCAGAUGGAGGAGGAGAUCGAGGAGGAGAUGCGAGGUGGAGUGUUCGAGGCGGCGGCAGCGGCGGAGAAGGCAGCGGCAAGACAGGAUCCGGGGCCACAGUCACCCGUCUGCGCCAACAGGAUUCAGAGGAUGAUGACUCUCUGCGACCUCAAGAAUUUGGAUGAGUUGGUGAGUACUUCGCACUCAGCGCCAUGCAUCAUGGCUCCUUCGUAAAUGGAUUUUGGGUUUGCAGCUUUAGUGUUGGUCCUUCUCCUCUUCCUCCUAA